UUCCUCCUGAAAUUUCAGAUCCCGUCCUUCCUGCAAGCCAGCCCCGGCCGAGUAUAUACGGCUCCACUCUCUUGUCUCUCCUCCGCCAGUCUCCCCUUCGCCAUCGCCUUCUCACUUCCCACGUGCGACAGCCAUGGAAGUGCGACGAAAGAUUCUGCACGUGCGACGAAACGGCGACUCCGCCAAGACGCCCACCUUCGUCGCCGCCACCAAGAAGCGACCUGCCCCGAGAGUCGAGACCGACGGCGAAGAGGACAAGCAGUCGUGUACGAUGUGUUCGUGGUGCCAAAACCUCGGACCGAGGCAGUUCACGGUGCCUGAGGAAAAGGAAUCCGCGGGUAAAGGCAAGGGCAAGGGGAAGGACUUCUGCUCGGAGCUCUGUUUCACUCAAUAUCGAAGGGCGACCUUCAAACGGAAUCAGAUUUGCGACUGGUGCAAAAACCCGGCCAAUUCCAUCGCUCACGUGGAAUACUCCCCCACAGACACUCAGCUACAAUUUUGCAGCGAGGAGUGCGUGAAGCAGUUGAAGAUGAACGUGUUCUGCAAGGAGACCCAGGCUCACCUGAAGCUGAUGAGGGAGACGCCGAAGGGAGGAACGGAUUCGACCCCCUGUCACGAUCGGAUCCUGAUCACGCCCGACCUAUGGACUUCUCCUCGCGACCCAGAUGGACGGGGCACUCCGACGGCCUCGGAGGCCGAGAUGGGUUCAGGGGUGAGGAAGAUUCGGCGACGGAGAAGGACUCCUUCGUCCGGUCGCCUCCCACCCGCGAGGGAACCCGAAGGGAGAUCGUCCGGCUCGCGCGUCGCCUUCGAUCUCAUCGGGUCUUGCCUCCCUCCGGUCACCGUCUUGGUUCCCGUCCCGAUCCCGAUCCCGAUCCCGAUUCCGAUUCCUCUGCCCAUCCCGAUCCCCAUCCCGAUCGAAGCGAAAGAGAAUCCGAUCGACCCGUGGGAACGUCGCUCGGGAUCGGAAUCGGAUUCGCCGGGGUCGGGAAAGUGCAACGGUCUGGACCUGUCCGUGAAGAAGGAGAAGACUUGCUCCACCUGA